AUGGUAGCAGCAGUGUGCCACGCCAGAUCCGCCCGCUCCGCGUUCCCCCCUCGCGACAACACUGAGCUCAGUCUGCGCGUGCUCCGACGCUACCAGCCAACAAUUCGCACGAUCCUUGCCAUCGCCGCAAAUGCCGUCGCCUACUCAUUCCUUGAGGCAUCGCAAAGCUGGGAAAAGCAUGGCGCUGAGGGCACAAUGUUCGUCUGUGACCAGGACCCAGUUCCGACACCCACCGGCCAAGUGUUACCGCGCCAAUGUGUCUUCGUCUUGAACCGGCGGAGCAUGGACAAUCUUGUCAUUGACCUUCUCCGCGUCACCGACUGCGAGGUGGUUGGCGAAUUAAUCGUCUUCCGCUUCGAGGACGAUACAAGCCAGGGAGAGGACGGUGGCCGCGAGAAGAAAAUUAUUGGAUUAUGGAUACACGCCGACGAGACGAAUAUACGUGAAGUCUACACAAGCUUAAUACUGGGCGCCUGGCAACAGGCGCGCCUUGCCGUGGAUGCCUAUAUCCAAGCAAUGGCAGGCAAUCCUGUGAGCAGCAGCGUGGAGCCUACAAACCCUCAACCUGCUGCGUCCUUCACGACCACGCCUCUUGCUGGAAAGCGCAUAAGCGUGUCCGACCUGUUCAGGCAGAAGAAUGGUGGUUGA